AUGAAUACAUCCUCCGGAGCCGUUCAGGGAUCUUCCUCACGUUCCUCCUCCCGCCAUAGUGUGACGAGCAAACGGUCGGCAAAUGACAGCGACUUGGAUGAAGAAGAUGGCACUGUGCGUACCGCUACCCGCCGUUCCCGCGGGAGGUGUCGAAAACGCCGUAUGCUGGAGGAUGUCACGGUUGAUAUCCUCGGGAAUCGGAGUGAGGUGGUUGCAAUUGAAGUUAAUCAUAAUAAUGAUGAUGAGGAAGGUGAUGAUCAUAAUAAAUACAGUAGCAGCAACAGGGACAAUGACCACCAUGAUGGUACAAACCGAAAUGGCGAUCUCAACGCCGGACAAGGAAAUUUGGAUGUGGGAAUUGGCACUGGCAUCCGUACUGGCACAAGCACAGCCACACGCACACUGACAGGCACACGUACUCUGAGCCCUGAGCCGAUCGCGAAGGAACACUACACCAAGCAGAAGCAGAAGCAGAAGCAGACGGAUGGCGUGAUCAGAUCAAUUGAAAAUGACGACGAUGAUUACGAUGGCGAUCCAUGUAGUGUGAGGACCUUAUCACCUAGUGCCAGUCAAGGCUCGGAGGCUACGAAUUCUAAGGGGGAGGAUGAUAUUGAUGACGAAUAUGCUGAUGCUGAUGCUGAUGAGGAUGACGAUGAGGAUGAGGAUGGCGAUGGCGACGAUGAUGCUGAUAGCGACUAUAAGGACGAGGAGGAUGACGAAUGA